CAUUUCCUUCUUCUCUUGGUUUAGAAGAUAAGAUUUGUGGAGCGAGACCACUCAACACGGUUCAUUGGUAUCACCGCCAUGGAAAGACAAGAACAAGAACAAGAGGCAAACAAGAAGAUCUGUACUGAUGUGACAAGCACAAACCCGAUUCCAGAUGACUCCAUCGAGGAGAUACUCAAAGCAUCGAGUGUUGAAACCCUAGCGAGGUUUCGCUGCGUAUCGACGCAAUAUGCAUCCAUGAUUCGCAGUCGAGAGUUCAUAAAAUCGCACUUGAUCAAGUCUUGUACUCGUCCUCUCAGAAGCCUCAUCUUCACAUUCAUGGAGAUGUACGGUUUGGGGAAUCAAUUCGUCUUCUCAGCCAGUCAACCUCAAAAUCAAGGUGAAUCAUCUUCUUCAGCAACUUACCAUAUGAGUUGCCUAAAUCAACUGCACACAACUUCUUCUGCUUCUGUUCAUGGUUUGUUUUGCCAUGGUAAGAUGGAGAUAUAUAACCCUAGCACUACAAAAUCCAUUACUUUGCCUAAUAAUUCCGCAGAUUACAUUUACUUGGGUUAUGAUCCCAUCAAUGGUGAUUACAAAGUGUUGUGUCUGGUAAAAGCACAAGACUUACAUAUUUUGACUGUGGUAAAGGAUACUUUUUGGAGGAAGAUUCAAGAUUUUUCUCCUCACUUUCGUUGUUCUCCUUAUUCUCCUGAUCUAUCUCUCAAUGGUGUUUUGUAUUAUGGAGUUUAUCAUGAUCUCCAUGAUGGAAUUCUUCUCCACCCUGAUCAUUUGAUUCCUGUGAUUAUGAGUUUUGAUGUUAGGUCCGAAAAAUUUGAUCUCAUAAACCUACCAGAGUUACCAGACAAUCUCAUGCAUCCAAUUCUCACAACCUACGAGGGAAGGCUUACAUUCUUUUGCAAUUUAAGACAUGGUGAUUCUAACUUCAUUUUGUGGGUUCUAGAGGAUGCUGUGAAACAUGAAUGGUCGAAACACUUGUACGUUCCACCUCCAUUAGAUGGCCAUACUUAUGAUGAUUUUCUUGCCUUUUGUUUUACUGAUGGAGGGGAAUUUGUUUUGGCACCCCGACUGUUUCAUAUUGAAGAACCAUUUUUUGUUGUCUAUUAUGAUAUCAAGAAAAAUGCUGUGAAAAGAGUCUUCAUAGAAGGAAUAUUCACAUAACUGGAUGAGGAGCCAUUUUAUAUGACACAAUCUAUCUUCCCUGGUCAGAUUGAUAAUCCCAUGUUUCUUUAAGUUUUUUCGCUCUUAUCUCCAUUGAAAUGUUUGUUCUUAAUUAAGUUAUAAUAAUUACUUGGGAGAUUUCAUGAUCUUUUUUUUUUCUUUUUUUUUUGGCAAAACUUUGUUUAUGUAUUCAUACUCUCGACAUUGUCUCUGGUUUUGCUUAA